AUGACGGUAUCUACAAACACAGCAGAGCAAACAUACUUGGAUUUGUGUGAACGUAUCAUAAAUGAAGGAGAACAUCGUCCAGAUAGAACUGGAACGGGUACUAAAUCGCUUUUUGCUCCUCCACAGUUGAGAUUUAAUCUCUCAGACGAUACAUUCCCUCUACUUACUACAAAGAAGGUUUUUUCGAGAGCAAUCAUUCAUGAGUUGUUAUGGUUCGUGCAAGGAUGUACAGAUGCUAAAAAGUUGUCGGAAAAGGGUGUGAAGAUUUGGGAAGGCAAUGGAUCAAGAGAAUACUUGGACUCAAUAGGGUUGACGGACCGUCGUGAGGGCGAUUUAGGUCCAGUUUAUGGGUUCCAAUGGAGGCAUUUUGGGGCAGAGUACAAGGAUUGCGAUGCCGAUUAUUCGGGACAAGGGGUUGAUCAAUUACAGGAUGUUAUAAAAAAAUUGAAAACAAAUCCAUACGACAGGAGAAUUAUCAUGUCAGCAUGGAAUCCACCAGAUUUUGCUAAGAUGGCAUUGCCACCUUGCCAUGUAUUCUGCCAAUUUUACGUCAACUUUCCAAACGAGACUCCAGACUCUAACACAAAUAAACAACAAAAGACGUCGUCCAGACCAAAAUUAUCGUGUUUACUAUACCAACGUUCAUGUGAUAUGGGAUUGGGUGUUCCAUUCAAUAUUGCUUCGUAUGCCUUAUUAACCAAGAUGAUUGCACAUAUAGUCGACAUGGAUUGUGGUGAGUUUAUCCAUACAUUAGGUGAUGCUCAUGUGUAUUUGGACCAUGUAGAUGCUCUAAAAGAACAAUUGGUCAGAACUCCUAAAGAUUUCCCUAAAUUAAUAAUCAAGGAAGAAAGAAAAGAUGAAAUCAAGUCUAUUGAUGAUUUCAAAUUUGAAGAUUUUGAAAUAAUUGGCUACGAUCCUUAUGGUCCCAUUAAAAUGAAAAUGAGUGUUUAG